AUGUUUAUGGGGGGUCUAGGAGGCAGGGCACAGGUCACAGAUGCAAUCCACAAAGGUAGCAAUCAACCUAAGAGGUGUCCAAAAUGGGGUGACCAAAGUGUUUGCAGCAUGGGCACAACUCUCCUCCGUAAAUAUAAGGCUGCAAUACCUGAGGUUGAAGAAUGUGCCUCUGAUCUUAAGGAGUUUGAGGCAGCCCUUGAUCCAGAUCAAUUAGCUACAUGGCGGAAAGAGAUCGAGAUGUGGGAGUCAGACCGUUCCCUGACAAAUCCAUUCAAAGUCAAAGUGAGGACUACUGUGACCCAGGCCGCUGUGCGCCUGGCAUUAUCGAAGGCCGAGGCAGAAGAAAUCGAGCAUGGUGGACAUAUCUCCCUGGAUGAUGAUAUAUCACCAUUGGUCCUUAUAUCAUCAGGGAUGGAACUAGAAGAUCAGCAACGACGUGUUGAGUUCGAAGCUCGCACCAUCGGACAGCAUGCAACCGAUGUGCAAAAACUUAAGAUUCUCCAGCACAUCAAUGCCCUCCGUCGUAGAAUCAGCACCUGGUCCCGAGUACAACUAUUGUACAUGCCCUACGUCUCCUGCCUGUGUUCACUCAAUGAUAUUGCCUCUGAGGACAAGGUCCACAAGAUACAACUUUUUCUCCCUUCUUCGCUGCCCUCGAGCUUCCCCUGUGACAACUGCUUGCUAAGGUUUGAAUGGGAUCUGCGUCAGGCACAGGCAAAUGAUGCUCUGGAUGACCUCCGCACUGUCAUCAACAUGACCUACCACCUCUACAAGUACAAGAACACCUUUGUUCAAGCUAAGUACACUGCUGCCCGAGACGCACUUAUUAUGCUUGCCUCAAAACUAGGCAAGAACAAUGACUGGCAGCGGAUACUGAAGCCACUGGACAGGGCAAAAGAUGUGGUCCCACUAAAUCACGACAAAGGGAAGACAGUUGGCCAACAGAAUAUUUCGUGGAUAUGGAAAACACCCGGGGUAUCAAACAAUCAGGAGGAAGGGCUGCAGGAUUCAUUGCAUGUGGAAUGGUGCAAGGCACGGGCGUGGGCUCAUUGGUAG